UCUUCGUAGCUCCCGAUCGAGCUCGAACCAGUCUCUCCGUCGCGAGUGAUUGCAUCACAUUACAUCACAUCGAUCUCUUCCCUUUCAGAAAAGAAUUACGAAACAAUCGCGAAAACAAUAUGGUUCGUUAUGGGUUGUUAGUCUUGUCUCCUUCUUGCCUCAGAACUAAAAUACCAGCCCUUCUGAAGCAAGCAUCGAAAGAAGUCAAAGAGGUAUUGUACGUUGACAUUUAUCAACCUGAUUACGUGUGCGUCCAUCUUCGCAAUUUGUACGACCUACUCGUCGAUGUUUACAGCAAAAAUUCCUCGAGGAUUGGCCAUUUGGACGUCCGAUUUCUACUUCCUUCCGCGUUGGCAAAAACAGACGGUAACCUUGAUGAAGUUAGAUAUCUUGGAAAGAGACCUGAGGUCGCACUUGUGCGAGAUAUUUUUUGUAGAACAGGCCAGUCGAGUUCACAGGUUGGCCUCCUGGAGUUCAAGAAGUGGCUGACCCGCCGUUUUCAGUUAUCCGAUUUGGAGAAAAAAGUGAAGUAUUUAAAGGUCGAAGACGAGGCGACGGAUAGUAACUUAAUCAACAAAACUUGUGGGCCAGAAAAUCCUCAAAAUGAUUCUUUGCAGACCUACAAUGAGGUAGUUCUUGGGGGAACAUUCGAUCACAUUCACUCUGGCCAUCGAUUACUUCUAGCUGUAGCUUCCUUGCUUUGCCAAGAAAGAAUUACGAUUGGCCUCAGCGAUGGGCCUCUUCUUCAAAGAAAGUUUUUGAAGGAACUAAUCGAGCCUUUCCAAGAGAGGAGGAAGAAAUUGCAAGACUUUUUGAAUGACGUUAAGCCAGGUAUGUCUUUCAUUUCUUUCAUCGUGUUUCAAAUUACAUCACUAAACUAACAUUCAGAUUGGCUGAGCAACGUGCUACUGGCAUCUUAUUUCCUCGAGUAAUAGCCGGGGGCGAUUAUAUAUAUUUUUUGGCACCACAAGGUAGCGAUCAUUCAAGGGAAGGCGAUUAUUCAAGGGAGGCGACGAUUUCAAAUGUGACCCUAUUUGGGAAAACCGGGCUUAAUGAAAUUUGCGUUGAAAAGCAUUUCAACGCAUUUUGAAUGCAUUACAAUGCAUUGAAACGGAUUCCAAUGAUUCUCAACGCAUUUACAACGUUUUCCUUCAAACACAGGCAAUUGUUUUCAACGUUUUAAAAUGUUUUUCCAACGUUUUAGAAUGUUUUUUCAACGUUGUUCAAUGCAUUGGCAAUGCUUCCAAACGUUUUUUUUUUAUCGAUAAAAUUAGUUCCUGAAGUUCAACCCGGGAUGCGAAAAAUUAUCACUAAUUGAAGCCACUGAUGAUUAGACAUCGAUACGCUUGAGAACGUUCUUUGAAAAUACAAUUUUUUUUCAGGAACAGUAAUGAUACCUCCAUAUAACAGUAAUAUCAACGGGAAUAACGACAUGAAUUCGCAAUGGAAAACAAAGGCUUUUACUUUUUGUUCUCGAUCGGUUCAAAUCAAUUUGCAUAGAACUUUGAUCUUUGUGACAUUGCGUGUGUUUGAUGUUGUUUCAGGUUGUAACAUGUCAAGAGGUAAUUGAGAAAAGCAUGAAAUUACUUUCUUGGACUGUCAAAUAUGGAAAUAAAAGAGAGAAGUUUUUGAGAAGUUUCUUAAAACUGUAAGGCUGACUGUUGAGGUCGUGCAUUUCUUUUUGUACGUAGCUGGCUGACAGAAUUUUGGGGUUGCCAAUUAUUUGCUCUUUUCUACCUUCGUCAGCGGCGUGCUAGACUGCUUGCAGUCGGUGAAUUCUCACAUCCCUUUCAAAAUUAAUCCGUUCCGGCUCCAAAAUCCCUCGGGGAAAAGAUACAAGACGAAAAAAUUGGGAGAGAGCGAGACCAAAGGUGAGAAAAAUAGUACUUCAGUAGUUCCGACGAAAUUGAAGUCGCGACGAUCGCGCUUGCUUGACAACGUUAAUCGAGCGAUGAUGGCAAAGAAAUCUGCCAAAAAGUGUGCUGUACGUGUAUAAAAUGAGAGCCAGCAAGUCAUGCGAGCCAUGCAGUCCAUUGAAGAAUCAGUGAAAAAAAAAACACCAUAAAAAUCAAAACAGUAAUACGGAAAACAUUACCGCGUUGACCUUUUCGAACCCUUGAGCCGUGAUGACGGUAGUGUCACGCAACAAGCUUUGAUCAGAAAAUAUUCGUGAUCAUAAAUUUUGACAUCUUCAUAGCAGCUGACUGGUACAGAUAAAAACCAUGAAUUUUUUGUGAAGAAUGUCACGUUUUCAGGUUUUCGCUUUUAAAGGAUACAAUGUCUAGCGUUUGCUAGGGCGUUCCGUGACUGAACUGGUUGAAUUUGUUGAAUCCCCGAGCAAAAAAACGGGAAACACGGGAAUAAGGAAAAGUCGGUAAAUAGUACAACUCCGCCGGUAGAAAUUUGGUAUAUUUUAGUCUUAAAAUCAGCGACCCAUAUCAAGCAUCUGAUAUCUGUUAAUUUUACAGGGAGCUAUCAAACAAGGUAGUCACAAGCACGCACACCGCCGUAACACUGAAAGAACAGCAUAAAAUAAAUUCAGACCUAUAACACUUUCGACAACGCGUGCUUUCAAAUUUAAUUCCCCUCUUUUUUGCCCUCUUUAAUAACACAGACUUAAAAACUGAAAAUGGAACAAAUUAUUGAUUCCUCGGAUCGAACGUUUCUCACGCUGUGAAGUUUUAAACGUUUUAUCACUUCAUUUAUGACCGUGGCUUUAAAUUGUCGAAUGAUGGAGCGAGGAGAUGCCUGACAGUUCGGAGCUUUUGUAGCUCAGUCGUUGACAAUGUUAGGAUGUUUGGUGAAUGUUUCCCGUUGCAACGAAUUAAUGAUGUUCCAUUUAAUGCAUUUUCAACGUUCGAAAACGUUUUCCAAAUGUUUUGAAAUGAUUUUGAAACGAUACUGAACGUUUCUUAGUUCCGUUGGAGAACAUUGCCAACGCUUUCAAAUGCAUUAAGAAUGUUCGCCAAUGCAUUCCAACGUUUCCAAAUGCGUUGCGAUAAAAAACGGCUCAACGCAAUUUUCGUUAAGCCCGCUUUUCCCAAAUAGGGUCACAAAUAUUGCUCACUGGAAGUCGUGCCCUAAAUAUUUUGUUUAUUAUCUCAUCGAAUAAAAAAAUAAUCACACGAAAUAAACUGAGUAUGGGCUUUUUAAGUAGAUGAAGAUAGCGGGAGGGGUUGGGGGGGGGGCGGUUAUUUGAGGGAGGUGAUUAUUUUACAAUAACAUUUUGUAAAAAUAAUAUUUCCAUCAAAGGGGGGAGAUUUUGAAGAAGGUGGUAAAUCGAGGGGCAGCUAUUAUUCGAGGAAAUAUGGUAUGAUACAGUACAGCCUACAUUUGCGACCAUCUCUCUUUAGUGUCCACCUCCAAUAAGCAACCACCUAUUCAAAACACCAAAAUUUCCCCAGUCAAAGCCCUAUAAUUGGAACCUGCCAUAAAAGACCACCUACUGCAAGCAACCGACGCGUGGUCUCUUCUCUAGGUUCAGUGUGCACUAUGCUACUUGGACUACAUGUAUAUGAAGAACUUUAAGUGACAACAUGGAACUACACAUAUCGUAACUUGCAUGAAACUGCAUGAAAUUGCUUGCAAUAAAAUUAAUUAUCUUCUGUACAGUGUCUGGACCACUUGGAAGAGACACCUUGUGGUUGGAUUCUUCUAAACAACCACCUUCAGUAAGUGACCAGUAGGUCUUUGACUUUGGGUGGUUGCUUGUGGAACCUUUGACUGUAGUUCAUGGGUAGUAAGUCGAGAAAAGCCUCCUUCUAUGCCUUUGAAUGAUCAAAACAAUCUCUAUCACAUUGUGGUUAUACAUCUUCAGUGUAUUUACUUUGAAAGUCAUAAAAUCAUGAACACUAGAAAUAGUUAUGGAAUGUUAUUGUGUUGAAAAGAAAAAAGGCAUUGAGGCAUGUCCUGAACUGUAUUGUGACUGGUCACCACACGAUGAACACUCCUUAAAAAUUUCAGUUGCUCAUGGGUUUCUGAGUUUGACAGUAACAGUAUUAUUCUUGUAUGUGGCUGGCAUAUUGCAAAGGAUCAUUAAGAUUGAACAGAGUGUUAUCCACUGAUAUCACUGGCGAAGAUCGAUAAUACCUGUAUGUAGCAAAAGUGCUGUUUGAUAGCCUGGAGCGAGCCCUCGUGCUAACAUCUGUUAGUAACUAGCAAUAACCAAAGGUUUUAACAGGUAGUGCGGGGUUUCAGGCUUCUGAUCGAAGGUCAAAACACUCCUGCUCCAUUGCUGGUGCUUUGCGUAAGUUUGAAUGCAAGUGGUGGGAUUAUGGAAGAUAGAAAGUUCAAAGGCAUGUGCAUGAUUAGUGUGAUCACACGUUCUCAACCUGGAGAUUAAGAGGUUUUAAGCCUCCUCUUGUUGCUUGUAAUAAUUUUGCCCAGCAGGUAAAUAAUGUUUGCUGAGAUAAAGUAAAAAGGGUAGUUGGUAUUAAAAACCUGUGAUAUUUCUCUUCUUAUAUUUAUUUUUCCCCUCUCUUCUCAAAAAGAAAUUAAAAAACGACUGAUCACAGGUUAGGGGAUUACUUUGGAUUAGUAAAAUUUCAACAACAACUUACCUAAAGGGCAAGUUACUUUUUAUUUUUUUGUUUCUUUUAAAGUAUCUAUUGAAAUAAUAAGAAAUGAGAUUUCUUGCGUGGAGCCCUUGGGGACAGGGCCUUCACUCAUGUUGGCCCCUCACUGUGGAACACUAGUUCCUUUAGCUUAUCAUGAGUACCUGGAGUCAUCAGGGUUUCAAGCAGGCUCUAAAGACCUUUUUAUUUCAUUUGCCCAGUGAAUUCAUGCACUGGCAGUGAUUGUGGUGUUUUAUUUUUAUUUUCUUUAAGUGUACUGUUUGUUAUGUGUUAGUGUUUGUCAGCUUUUAUCAGCGUUUUAGAAUAUGUGUAUGGUUUAAAUGCUAUGUACAUGCAAUUAAUAAAUAUUAUAAAAACAGCAUGCAAAGAAAGUCGUGUCCGAUAGCCAGGGGCCAGUGGAUUUUGCUAUCGGGCUAGUGAUUUUUGUUCUUAACUUGUCCGAAGGGCAAGUGCUUUUUUUUUGGGGGGGGGGAAUUCAAAUUGCAGAAGUAUUGUAAUCAAUUCUGCUAAUCAAAAAGGGUUUUGGGGCUAGUUGAAAUGACUUGUGGGCUAGUACAUGUUAGCUACAGCUUGCCCAAAUGGCAGGCUGUAAAACUCACUUUUUUUGCACCCUGUUGAAUAUUAAUAUUAUUAUUAAUAUUAUUGUUAUUGUUUAAAAUUACACCAUCUUAUAAUAUCAGAAUCCCUGACUAUCAAUGUUUUGCAUUUUCAGGCCUUAAACAGGACAUCAUGAUACUCAAGGACCCUGUGGGGCCUGCAGGAACAGUUCCAGAGUACCAGUGCUUAAUUGUCAGCAAGGAAACAGAGAAGGGAGGGUUCUUUGUUAAUGAUGCCAGAGAGAAAAAAGGCUUAGAUUUGCUGGAUGUACAUGUUGUUGACGUAGUCUCGGACAACAGUAUUGAAGUUCUGAAAGGAAAACGCCAUCAAGGGGAAGAAAAGAUGAGCUCCUCUAUGGAACGUCAGAAACUCUUAGGAACACUUUUAAAACCUGUUGUUAGAAAAGAGAAAGGAAAUAAUCAGCCAUAUGUCAUUGGUCUAACUGGAGGGAUUGCUAGUGGAAAAUCUGCUGUCUGUCAGAGGCUGAAAGAUCUAGGUGCUGCGAUAAUAAGCUGCGAUCAGCUUGGACACCAAGCUUAUACACCUGGAAAAAAGGCUUACAAGGAAAUAAUUGAUAAUUUUGGAUCCUGCAUUCUCACCCCUGAACAAACCAUAAACAGAAGAGCGCUUGGUGCAAUUGUGUUUGCCGACAAGGCAAAGUUAGCAUUGCUUAAUCAAAUAGUGUGGCCUGAGAUAUUGAUGCAGGCUAAAACAGAAAUUGCUCAUUAUGGAAAAGAAGGCUUUAAUGUUUGUGUCCUGGAUGCCGCAGUUCUCUUAGAAGCUGGCUGGGACAAGGAAACUGAUGAAGUUUGGGUUACAUUUGUCCCUGAAAGUGAAGCAGUCUUGCGGAUUCUCAACAGAGAUGGCAUCUCUGAAGAACAAGCAAUGAACAGAAUUAAGUCACAAGUAGGCAACGAGGAAAGAAUUAGGGAAGCUAAUGUUGCCAUUUGCACCUUGUGGGAGCCAGAAUUCACGCAAAAACAGGUUGUGAAAGCAUGGAAUAAUUUACAAGAAAGACUGUCAUGACAUUAUUUCAAAUAUUCACUUGCAAUGCUAUUAAAAUGUAUGAUAAUUUAUUUAUUUAUUAGCUUUACUAGUGAUAAAGCAAAGUAGCAGAAAUUUCAAAAUUCAAGAUUAAUUUAACUCUGAACACAAAAAUUGGUAGUCUCAUGUAAAUAUUCAACUUUUCUAGAUGUCAGCUAAGUUUAACUGCAAGGAUCUACAAAUCUAGAUUUUGAACUUAAAAAUAACCUUCAUUGGACACUGGGAUCUGUAAACAUUUAGCCUGAGCAGAAAAUAGGAUUUGUACUCCCUGUUCCCACUUUGGUACCCUCAUACUGGCAAGCAUAUGCAUUUAGAGCGAUUUUUGUUUGACCUUGAAAUGAAAAAGUGCAAUCAAAACAGAACAACUAACUAAUGGAAAUAAAGUGAUUUGAUUGGUUUAUCGAACGGAUACAAACGCACCUGGCUUUUGGUUGGUUAAGUGAACACUCGGGUGAAAAAACUUCAUGCCCGUGAACUUAAUUCUAGAAAUCAACCUGUCGAUACUUCUCUUUGACGUCAUACUGCAACACAAUUGGCCAAUCGCACAAUGCCUUCUCCAUUAGGGUUUUCUUUGGCAGGAAAACGAACACUUACGAAAACCGUUUUUCAAGGUCAUAAGAAAAAAGCUCUAACAGCUCAUCCUCUGGAAUUCUUUAUUGUUUUGGUCCUAUUCUGAUUCAAACGAACUAUAUAGCAGCUCUUACUGUUCAUGUAUUGCCCAGUUACUGAUCACGUCCAAGUUUAUCAGUGAUCUUAUUCUGUCUUUAUAUAACCUGCUUAUGCUGGUGGUUUUUUGGGGAGACAGGAGUGCCAGCACCAGGCGAAGCCAAGAAAACUGUCACAAAGCCUCCAGCUAAACAGGCUAUUUCAGUGUCCUAAGGUAAUGUAACUGGAAAUAUUGUGAACCAGUCGCAUUGUAGAAAUGAAAGCUUCCUGAUUUAGUAUUUAAAGCAAACAAUUGAGCAAACAAUGAUGGAAGCAAAAUUAAUUCCCAGUGAAACUGAAAAAUGUGAGCACGGGUUAUGAUUCUUAACUUUCUGUCCUGCAAAAACCAUCUCUGCUUUCUUGCUACAUAUUUUUAUUAUAGGGUAGUUUUCACAAGUGUGUCAGAAAAUGCUUUAGCCUGCUCACUCCAAGGGCAACCAAGUUAUUGAGAGGUUUGCUUUAACGUUUCAACUUGUGGACAGAUCGCUGUGGUGUUACCAUUUAGAUGAACCCACUUUAGUUCAACGUUUUUAUACAACUAUUUAUUUGUAGGGAUUUCAGAAAGAGAAAAUAAUAUGAAUUUUGUUGUGAAUGUUUUCUUUGGCCCCUAAAAAGGAGUCAAAGGGUUAUUUUUAGGUUACUUUGGGGAAGAUUGAAGUUGAUUAGUCUUAGAUUUAUAGGGCUACUAUGGACAGUAUCAUCUAGAAGAAAUCUUUUCUAAUUUUGAGAAAUUGCCAUUGAGGUUGUACUAUUUGCAGUAAGCAUGACUCUUAAAUAAUUUCUCUACUGAGAGACUUUUUGUAAGAUAUUUUUUUUAUCCUAGGCUGAUUUUUUUUUUCACGACGCUCAUAAUCUUCAUGAUUAAUAAGCAGUGAUAUUUAAG